AUGAAGAGCAUCGGGGCAUUUUCUGCAAUCUUGGCUGUGCUUUUCUCGACAGCAGAGGCUUCUGCAGACAAAGUUAAGUCUGUGCCAUGGCCUGAAAAUGGGUCAGUGAAGUUCUCCACCCCAAUGUCCCCGAUGCACAUUGCCGUGGACCUGAAGGACUGUGUAAAGGUUUACGUGAACUUCCGUGGUAACAAGGUCCAGGUGAAUGUUCCGGGAGACUCGUCGAACAAGUUUAUACUAGACGGUCAAGAAACACUCCGCGCAGACGGUGGCCAACUUGUUGUGGCCUUUUCUUACUUUGGGGGCCAAGGUCACGUCAUCGUUAACGCGGAAGACGUUAGCGGCAAUUACGAAACACGCAUGCACAGCUUCACUUUGCCAGAAUGUAAAAUCUCCAGAGUGCGUGUCACAGGUCUCGAAGGUCACGAACUGCAGGACAUUCACGUUGGGAUUUCCGAGGAAAUUGUGGAAGCAUUCAAAGCAGCAUAUGGCCAGGCCGCUACGAAGUAA